AUGCACACUCGCACGCGCCCACGGCAGAACCGAGCAGCGCUCGCCUUGAAACAAACAGAAGCGCAGACAGCCAGGCAGCCAAGGCAGGCAGGCGAGACCCUGGCUGGCUUGUCGCGACCAACACGGCCUCCAGAGCCACUCUACGUCUUCGCAACCACCAUCUCGCAGGCCGCCUCUCCAUCUCAUCCGCGACAGAGCCCCGCCCUACCUCAUCAUCCGAAUCGCCGAAUCGACUGCAUCCUCCUGCUCACUAACGUCAACGACACCACCAUGAUCCGGCGGCCGCCCACCACGCUCAACCUGCAAGAGGCCGACGUCGAGACGCUCAAGGCCUACCGUCGUGCCAGAAUCAUUGAGGCAUCGCAACAGGCCGCGCGCUCGGGCACCGCCUACCAGGGCGCGGCAACCACGAACGCUCACAUGGCCGACCACCGGUACGACCACGCCGCAGCCGAUUCGCAGUCGCAGACGCAGCCCGGGCUAUCGCAGCAGGAAAACAUGGGCGCCCGCGGGCCUGCCACCUGA